CGGCGCCAUCGUCUUCGUUUCUCUCCCGCCCUCCACCUUCAUUCAGCUCGUCUUUCGUUCUUCACCCUUCCUCUUUUUUUGCGAGUCGGCGCCGUUGCGGAAUCUCCGCCUAGAGGCGCCGCCAUCAUGGCCAUGAAUAUCAUUGUUGACGACCGCGACCCGUCUAUAAGGUAUAGCUCUGGGUGGAUUACUACGGAUAAAGAUAGAAGCUCGCGAGGCCAAGUGCAGGAGUUUCAGGGAACUACUUCGCAGUCUGGAGAACAAGGCUCGACUGCUUCAUUCACUUUCACUGGGAACCAAAUUGCGGUCUUUGGGACGCUCAACAAUCAAAAGCAAGUUAAUCUGGAGUUCACCAUCGACGGGAAAGUAACACCUGUAAUGACACCCAGCGCCGCAAAUGCAAAGUUCCACCAGCCAAUAUUCAGUUCAAAUCCGUUAUCCGACGGUCAGCAUAUGCUCCUCAUGAAGGUUAACAGUCCCGACGCCAGUCCCUUCUUCUUCGACUACCUGAUCUAUAAGACCAAUAGCCGUGCCAACUCGGGGCAGACGGUUCUCAUCGACGAUCAAGAUCCAGGACCUGUCGUGUCUUUUCCGGGUCCAUGGAAGCAAAACAACACGUUCGACUUUAUGCAGCAGACAUCCCGCUAUAUUGGUCAGCAGGGAGGGCCCGGCCCGGGGUCGGCCAUGGUCACAUACAGCAAUUUCCUGGACGGCGAUACGCUAACCCUUUUUGGCGCGCUCACCUCUGCCGACCCACAGUUCUCCUCUUCCGGGCCACUCUCUGCCACAGUCUCGAUAGACGGUGGCGGGCCUGUAUCAUUGCCAUCGCACGAUACACCGUCUCCUGGUCAAACGAUAUUCAAUCAGAAACUAUUCAGCUCAUCGCCGUUGUCCGCUGGCGCGCACACAUUCGAAUUUUCCUACAACUCGGGCACGCCGCUUGGCGUUGACUACUUCCUCAUUGGACCUGGCUCUGGCUCUUCUGGUGGGUCCUCCGGUGGCAGCGGAGCUGGCUCUGCCAGUGGCUCCAACGGCACUAACACCAAUGCCGCGUCCGCAAGCGGUACCAACAGCGAUCCCACACACAGCCCUCUUAGCAGCGUCAAUAUAACCUCCUUUGUUACCUCGAAGACCAUCGCGAGCGUCAGCCUCAGCACAGAUCCCGGUGGUGGGGUACACUCCGUCACGACAACUAUCGUACAAGUCGAAACCGGGCUGCAGACAAGCACUUCUACGCCUGGUGGGCUACAAGCGCAGGGCCCCACAAGCGCCGCAAAAGCCUCUUCCUCGCGCAUCCCGCUCAUCGCUGGCGUUGUUUGCGGUGCACUGACUCUUUUCCUCGCGCUCCUGCUGCUCUUGUGCAUCUGGCGGAAACGCCGACGGCAACGGAAACUGGCCGUGGACGACUUCCUCCUCAUCCACCCCGCUGCCGCCACAAGCGGCGCGUACCCGCCGGUCUACUACGGCCCGCGUGACUCGCUCGUCACCCUCACCGACCCGAGCGCCGGCGGCCACGGGGACGCGCUGCCGGGCUACGGGCCGGGCGACGAAAAGGCUGCCGGGCAGUUCGGCGUCGACGACGACGAGCGGGCGAUUGGCAAGACGCGGUAUUUAUAUCACCAGGACGCUUGA